GAUUGCGCGCCGGACCCGAGCUCAGCCGGCGGUGGGGGCGGGGAGGACUGAGAGCGGAAGCGGCCGCGUUUCCGGCCGGAAGUGAGCUCCGGCCCGGUUUCUGGGGGCGCCGAGCACCUGGGGGCGCCAUGUCCGCCAGUGCCGUGUACGUGCUGGACCUGAAGGGCAAGGUCCUCAUCUGUCGGAAUUACCGCGGAGAUGUGGAUAUGUCUGAGGUGGAGCAUUUCAUGCCAAUUCUUAUGGAAAAGGAAGAAGAGGGAAUGCUUUCUCCCAUUCUAGCUCAUGGAGGAGUUCGUUUUAUGUGGAUUAAACACAAUAAUUUAUAUCUUGUUGCUACUUCUAAGAAGAAUGCUUGCGUGUCUCUGGUGUUUUCGUUUCUUUACAAGGUGGUUCAGGUAUUUUCAGAAUAUUUCAAGGAGUUGGAAGAAGAGAGUAUUCGAGAUAACUUCGUUAUAAUUUAUGAAUUGCUUGAUGAGCUCAUGGAUUUUGGCUAUCCUCAAACCACUGACAGUAAAAUUUUACAAGAGUAUAUUACUCAAGAAGGCCACAAACUGGAAACUGGAGCUCCACGCCCACCUGCCACUGUUACCAAUGCUGUUUCCUGGAGGUCAGAAGGGAUAAAGUAUAGGAAAAAUGAAGUGUUUCUGGACGUUAUAGAAUCUGUUAACCUCUUGGUUAGUGCCAAUGGAAAUGUAUUGCGCAGUGAGAUAGUUGGAUCCAUUAAAAUGAGGGUCUUUCUCUCAGGAAUGCCAGAGCUUCGCCUCGGUUUAAAUGAUAAAGUACUCUUUGAUAAUACAGGACGUGGCAAAAGCAAAUCGGUGGAACUAGAAGAUGUAAAGUUUCACCAGUGUGUUCGUCUCUCUCGCUUCGAAAACGACAGGACAAUUUCUUUCAUCCCACCUGAUGGAGAGUUUGAACUCAUGUCAUAUCGUCUUAACACCCAUGUAAAACCACUCAUCUGGAUUGAGUCUGUGAUUGAGAAACAUUCCCACAGCCGCAUAGAGUAUAUGAUCAAGGCAAAGAGUCAGUUCAAGCGGAGAUCAACUGCCAACAAUGUGGAGAUUCACAUCCCAGUUCCAAAUGAUGCAGACUCACCAAAAUUUAAAACCACAGUGGGCAGUGUCAAAUGGGUUCCAGAAAACAGUGAAAUUGUCUGGUCCAUUAAAUCAUUUCCGGGGGGAAAGGAGUAUCUGAUGCGGGCUCACUUUGGGCUUCCAAGUGUUGAAGCUGAAGAUAAAGAAGGCAAACCUCCCAUCAGUGUCAAGUUUGAAAUUCCAUAUUUCACCACGUCAGGAAUACAGGUCCGCUACUUGAAGAUAAUUGAGAAGAGUGGCUAUCAGGCUCUGCCAUGGGUUCGCUACAUCACCCAAAAUGGAGAUUAUCAGCUCCGAACACAAUAGUACUUUUUCCAACCAGAACAGAUGACAAAUCUUCAGGUUUUAGCUUAACAACAUUGAAGACUGAAUAUCGCUGUCCACAACUGAUGCAGCACAGAUAAUUGGGGUGCAAGCUUUACCACCCUUAUUCUGCCAUGCUAAAGUGCCUGAGCUAUGCCCCAGAGGGGAGAGAGGAUAGGUCACUGUGCCUGUUUGUUCCUUGUAGAAAUUUGUGUACUAUAUGUAUGCAAUAUUAUAUUAGAAAUACUCUCAAAAUUCCACUGAACAAUUUAGCUUUGAUAUUAGAGGAGGAUUUGUUUCAGAAAGGACUAAUUCUGCUGAAGAUUGUAAUAGCAUUGUUAUUAAAGCAACUGGAAAAUCACAUAUUCAUACCUGGAUAAUUAGAAUAUUAAGCAUGGAUGCAUGUAGUUUUCUGGAGUAAGGUUAUAGGAUUUUAUUAUCCACCAAAAUGUUAAAACAAAUUAAAUCCUCUUACACCAGAUUUUGGUUUACUACUGUCAUUUUUGGUUGAAAUUUUAAUCUUGAGACCAAAUUGACCAUUUUACAAGCUUAAUAUAAAGUGCUUAGCUGACCUGUUACAUAACCCAUCAGAUGAUGUCUUCAGCCUACAUUGUUUAUGUAGUACUUUUAAUUAUUUGCUUGUUAAAUGUGGCAGGUGAUAUAGUUUUGAUUUUCCUUGUUGAAGCAUGUACCUUACAAACCAGAACAGUAUUUUACUGGCUCUUUGCAGCUGCUGAAGUUCGAUUAUAUUGGAGUGGCCAUAGGCAGCAAAGAACAAGAAAUCAUUCUUGCAUCAUUAAACUCCACUGUCAUUCUUCAGUUGCUGUAAGGUAAAAGGGUCUGAAUCUGCCUGUGGAUUAAAGUACCUCCAGUUAACAGAGGAUUGAUUCUGAACUCCUGGAGCAUGUUUUAUAAAUGCUGAAAGUAUUACUUUACUAUGCCCAAUUUGAUUACUAUCACACUGUAAGACUGUCAACAUUAAAUAUUUGCGGUACGCAGGUCAAUUAACUACAUGUGCGUAUUUAUCAAACUGCACAAAUUACAGUAGAAAGACCUUCACAGUUUGUCAUUCACAUUAUCAGAUACUUCAAAAAAGGCCAAUUUAAUCCAACAGUGGCCCAAAUGUUAUGUAUCUACAUUCUAUACGGAUGUAAGGCAGAAAUAAGCUGUGACAUUAAUCUAGUGCUGGUCUUUGUUUAGAGACUAUUUCUAUAUUCCUCUUCCUUUGGCUAAAUAUUAAAAUUUGUUCCUUUACAAUUU